AUGAAGCUGUUUGUCGCUCUUUUGGCCACGGUGUCGGUAUGCUGGGCUCGCGGCACGCCGACCGAUCCGUGGAACAAUGUCACUGGCACGUCGUCGCAAACCUUCCCCACGGACGUUGGGUUCCAGGGUUCUGUCAAGUAUGGCGCGCCGCCCUUUCUCGCGCAGGCGGACCAGCUCAAAACGAGCAAACCGAACCACAAUUCUCCUGUGGAGAUGCGCUGGGUGCCGCUGAACGCUGAGCAGGACCAUGCGACAUCCGAUGACAUUUUCCGGAACCUGGGUUCCACGUCGCCGUAUCACCAGGCCGACGACCUGUUUCCCGAGACGCACGGCUACGAGAAUGUGCCGAAGCAGUGUCGCAUCAAGCAGGCGCACAUCCUCCACCGCCAUGGCUCGCGCUACCCAGCGACGGGAGCCGGCUUGCUGGAUGCCAAGCUUGGACUGGCCCAGAAGCUCGGCAAUCUCCAGGCGCAGGGAGACUACGGGUUCCUGCACUCCUGGAAGGACCAGCUUGGCGAGAAUGCUCUCGUGCACCUCGGUGCGCAGGAACUUUUUGACUCGGGUGUCAAGUACUACUACGAGUAUGCCCAGUUGCUGGAGCAGUCGAAGCAAAAGCCCGUCCUCCGUACGACGUCGCAGAGCCGCAUGAUCGAUUCGGCGCGUUACUGGGCACUUGGGUUUUUCGGCUGGGACAUGGCCGAUAAGGCGCACAUCGAGGUCCUUACCGAGACGCUCCUGCAGAACAACACGCUGGCGCCGUACAUGACUUGCCCGAACGUGUUCUCGCCCAAGGCGUUGCGCAUCCUCGAGUGGCGCGCCAAGGCGUUUGGCAAUGCCCAGAAGCGUCUGCAAGAGAACGUGAAAGGUGUGUCGUUCUCCAAGUCGGACAUUAUCACGAUGAUCGGUCUGUGUGGCUACGAGACGGUGUCGCAGGGCUACUCAGACUUUUGUAAGAUCUUUACCAAGCAGGACUACGAGGAGUACGAAUACGACCAGGACCUCACGUUCCAAAGCGUGUUUGGCUUUAUGAGCAUUGGUGGCCGCGCUAUGGGCAUCGGCUGGGUGACGGAGUUCCUCUCGCGCCUCAAGGGGUCGGGCUUCCACGGGCCGCAGACGACGCAGAACUCGACACUGGACAGCAACCCGACCUACUUCCCCAUGCACCAGCCGCUGUACGUGGACUUUACGCACGAUGUUGUGAUCCUGACGAUCCUCACCGCGCUCAACUUUAGGCAGAUCGGCGACGACCUGCCCGGCGACCACAUGAACCCGAACCGCCGAUACCGCGCGAGCCGUGUUACGCCAUUCGGCGCGCGCCUCGUGUUCGAGGUAAUGGAAUGCGACGAUGAUAACGGCACCACGGACUACAUCCGUGCGAAGCUGAAUGAUGCCGUCGUGCCACUUGACGGCAACCAAGGCUGUGAGGGCCGUCGAGAUGGAUUGUGCAAGCUGAGCGAUUACAUGAACUUCCUGGAGCACCACGCCUAUAGCAUGUCCAACUACGACCUGCUGUGCCAACUCAAGCUGGACCACAACUUCAACAUCACAGCUCUGAUCGACGGCGCUAUCCUGUCAGAUGAUCAGGUGCGUGAGCUGGGUAAGAAUCCGUAUCACCGCAGUGUCCUCAAGCACAAGCACAAACUGAGCAAGACAGCCCUUUUGUAG